AUGGCACCAUACGAUGCUCUAUAUGAUCGUAAGUGUUGCAUUCUACAGUGUUGGACUGAGUUGAGAAAGAAGAGAAUUAUGGGUUCGAAUAUGGUUAUUGAGACUAAAGAGAAAGUUAGGCUAAUUCAGGAUCAACUUAAGGUAGCUUCUGACAGACAAAAUUCUUAUGCGGAUAUUAAGAGAAAAGAUACUGAGUUUGAUGUGGGAGAUCAAGUUGUUCGUAAGGCAUCUCCAUGGAAGAAAAUCCUUAGAUUUGGAUUUGGAAUUGCCUCUAGAGUUAGAUUGCUACAUGAUGCUUUUCACGUCUCCAUGUUAAGACAUUAUCAGUCUGACCCAUCUAAUAGUGUGUCUAUUGGAGAGAUUGAGGUGAGGACAGAUUUGACUUUUGAGGAUGAGUUGGUUCAGACCUUAGAUUUUGAGGUAAAAGUUCUGCGAAAGAAAGAUAUUCCCUUGGUUAAGGUUUUGUGGCGAAAUCAUGGUACCGAAGAAGCCACUUGGGAACUUGAGGACUCGAUUCGACAAUAA